UAAAAUUAAUGCUAUGUCAAUAGAUAUCACACGAGUGUGGUAUAUAAAUGUAACGAGAUGGCGUCUUAUUUAUUGGCGAGUUAAGACUCGUUAAAGAACACGACAUAAGAAAAUGACCGACAAGGGACCCGUAGUUAUGAUUGAUCCGUCUCAGUUGUUGAGACCGGAACCAACAUUUAACGACAAGCCAAUCCAGGCAUACCGUGACUAUACCAUUGAUGACACGGAUCCUAUUAAGGAGCGCGUGCGCAGAACAUACUACGAGAUGCACACCAAAAUGACCGUCGAUCUCGCUAAAGAAAAACGCGAGAAAUGGUUAAAAUUCAACCACUUCAAGGCGACCGUAAAAGAGGCUCUCAUCCGCCUCAACGAGGUGGUGGACGAGUCUGAUCCCGAUCUGGACCUUCCCAACAUAGUACACGCGUUCCAGACUGCCGAGAGAAUACGACAGGAUCAUCCUAAUGAUGACUGGUUCCAUCUUAUUGGCCUGAUACAUGACUUGGGAAAGGUGAUGGCGCUGUAUGGCGAACCGCAAUGGUGUGUAGUAGGAGACACGUUCGCCGUGGGUUGUAAGUGGGCUAAUGCCAUCGUCUACGGCCCAGAAAGCUUCAAAGAUAAUCCCGAUACCUACAAUCCUAAGUACAAUACUCCACACGGUAUGUACAAACCUCACUGUGGUCUGGACAAUCUGAUGAUAUCAUGGAGUCACGAUGAAUAUCUGUAUCAAUUUCUUAAACAUAACAAGAGUACGCUGCCUGAAAAAGGAUUGGUUAUGAUCAGGUACCACUCUUUUUACCCAUGGCACUCCGGUGGAGAAUACCGUCAGCUUACUAACGAAAAGGACGAGGAGACAUUAAAAUACGUCACUGAAUUCAAUAAAUACGACCUCUACACAAAAAGUGAAAAGAUACCAGACAUCGAAGCAUUGUGGCCGUACUACGAGAAACUGAUUGAGAAAUAUAUUCCAGGUGUUUGCGAAUGGUAGAAAUAUUACUAGUAGGUAUUCAAUGUGGGAAUACAAAGAAAUAUAUAGUUUUUAUUGUUAGUUU